UUUUGGAGAUGUCACAAAAUGUUCUGUUCCACCACAGACGAUUUUUGUCUGGUAUGGAGAAAGAUACGUCAGUGAGGCCAGUGACGCUGGUGCAACACCCUCUAUUUGGCCCAGAACCAGUAGUGACAACAUGCAGCAAUUGUAGUAAAGAAGUAACGACAGAUAUUAGCCGGCACGCCUCAGCCUGUUCAUACAUAUCAUGCAUUCUCAGCAUCUUCGUAUGCUUUCCUUGCUUUUGGAUACCGCUUGUUUGCCCGUGGUUUAUGGACACCAUCCAUAGCUGCCCGAACUGCAAAGAAACAAUGGGCAUUUACUCCAGAUUCAACUAGCAAAAAAGUCUUUUAAUCAACUUUCAUUCUAAA